CGACUCCAUGAGUGAUGAUGGUCUGACGAGUCAUAAGGGAUCCAUAGAAUUGCUCUCUCUCAUAUAUCCAUUGAAGGGCACUCAACGUUCUCCAUUGAACCGCAGUUAGCGUUCUCCGUUGAAUCUAGUUCUUGUAUCCCCCAUUGAAGCAACUUCUAAGGUAUCUAGCUUGAAACAAAGGGGUACACUGCCAAAGCAACAUAGUAUAAGCUUACCUGGAUGAACAAAGGAUGGCAGCUGUUAUGAAGAGAUAUGUUCUAAAGUUGUUUAUAUCCUUGAAGUACAUCACAGCAAAUGUAGUAGAUAGGAACAAUGGGAAGAUUGUUGCCACUGCUUCUACAGUUGAGCAUGCUCUCAAAAGCUCACUUGAGUGUGGUCGGUCUUGCAAUGCAAAGGCAGCAACUGUUGUAGGAGAAGUUUUAGCUAGGCGAUUAAAGGUUGAAGGUCUUGACCAUGGACAAGGAAGAGGGAUCCAUGUUGAUAUGAACAAGGAGGUGGAGAAAAAAGGCUUUAAAAAUCGUACCAAGGUGUGGGCUGUUGUGAACGCACUGAAGGACAAUGGCGUUAAGGUCGUACUUGAAGACAGAAAUGAUGAUGUCUAAGCAAAUUGUUAAAGCUACCUACUUGUUUUAGCUGGGUUAGUUUGGAUCUCCAUAUGGUCUCCUAUACAUCAUACAUGGAGAUGAUGGAAUUACUGUGACCUUGCCGAAUUCAUUUAGAAUGUUGCCGAUGAAGAAAAACUGAUUUUGCUAGGCACUUCCUAAAUUGUCAUAAAAAAUCCAAAUUUCUAGGUGCAAUGCAGACCAUAGUGCCUGACUAGUCAUAACCAGGGUUUCUUUUCUGACUUCUCUCGCUGUUGUACUGAUUAGGUUUCUUCUCUGGGUUCCUUGACAUUGUGAGUAUGGUUAGGUUACAAUCGCUGUAGAAUUUUUUUUUUUUCUGAAGCUCGUUCAAUAUUACUUUAACAGUUGCUUUAGCAAGUAUUCCAAAUUUCCAAGUCUGGCUUUAUUGUAUUCUACAGUUUAUUUGUAUUUGAGAAUGUAUAAAUGAUUUUGAUGCAAAAAUGAGGUGUAUAUAAGGAAAUGAAGAGAGCUUAUUCA